AUUCUGCAAAAAGAGAUCUAAAACAUUAGUUUACAAUGUCGAGCGAACGAUUGCUAUCUUGGAUCGUGGUAGCCCUUGUGUCCGGUGUGUGCAAGGCGGAGCAAAGGUUCUCCGAGACUCCCGCGACUUAUCAGGAAGUCUCUUCUGGAGACGACGUGCAGCUGCGAUGCAGAGUGCAAGACAAGAAGGGCCAGUGCAUCUGGCAGAAGGACCGAAAACCUGUUGGAAUGCAUCCGGACAAGUACGAGUGGGUCGGCGGACGCGAGAGCGAUUGCACCCUCCUGAUUAGGAGGGCUUCUCUGCACUUCGAUGACGGCUUCUGGGAAUGUCAAGUCACACCCGGCGAUUUCACUCGUCAGGAUGCACUCACGUCACUGCCGGCUCGUUUGUUGGUCCGAGUCAAACCGAGAAAGCCUCUCCUUGAAUACGGAGGUGCUGUUUUAAAUUCCGUUCUUACAUUGAGGGAAGGUCAGGAAGCUACACUUUCCUGUGUGUCUAGAUACGGAAAUCCACCGGCGCUCAUAAAAUGGUUUAUAGGAGGUGACGAAGUCGAAGCUUUGAGAGAACAGACGAACGCCACAGAGGUGGAUAAUCCGAAGACAUGGGCAGCACACAGCAUUAUACAUGUACGAGGUCAAAGGGAAAAUCACGGUCUACCGAUCAGAUGUCUUACUUUGCAUCCUUCCAGCCCACUGCCAGCGAUUGCUGAGUCUCGCCUCGAUAUUCACUAUUCACCGGAAGUUAUGAUGGAAACGAGUCCUCGUUUGCUUGCUACCGCUUUGGAAGACUCUGCCAGCUUUAUGAGCCUAAAAUGCAUAGCUGACGCUAAUCCUACGGCGACGGUCAAAUGGUUCAAGGAUGCCACUCCCAUUACGAACUCGAACAACAUUGUUUUGCUGAUGCAGAAUCGCACUCAUCAAAAUGGAACCUGGAUAGGGUCGGAAUUAAGAUUCGAGCCCGUGAAAAAGGAAGAUGCCGGCUUGUAUUCCUGCAAAGCUUCCAAUACCAUCGGAGAAAGCCCACCUGCAAACUACCGGAUUGAUGUUCAAUAUGGACCUAGGUUAAAAGUGAAGGAUGCGAAUAAUUUUAAUUUAACUUUCGACGAAGUGGAAGAAUCUGCUUUAUUGGGUACACCGAUAGAACCUUUUGAAUGCGCAGAGUUUGAAGCGAAUCCACCUCCUCAGUUCAGAUGGAUUCAUUUGCGUGGUGGUACCACGGAAAUGCUUGAAAACAUUGCUCAAAAUAUGGACGCUGGAAGACGUCUACGUUUAAAGCACAUUAUGUGGUCAGACGAAGGAGAAUACCGUUGCGUUGCGUUUAACAGCAUCAACGGAGUUCGCCGAGAAAUGCCCCAUGAUACGCGUUUUAUAUUACAUGUAACUGGUCCACCUGAAAUACAGACAAGAGCUUCCUCUGACGGAAAAGGGUUUUAUGAAUCGAUCGGAUGGGCUGGAGAACCUGUUCACAGAUUAAAGUCUCGUUUCUGUUCACAACCACCUCCCCGAUUAGUCGCAUGGCAAUGGGGCAGUUCACACAUCAGGGCCGGAGAGAGCAUUCAACAAAAAUAUGAGGCAUUACCAUUAGAACCUAUUACGGAAAAUAAAAUGAUAACUAAUUGCUAUUGGGCGAAACUUGAAAUAAAGGAUCUACAAAAAGAGGACGCUCGGGUAUAUACUCUCCUAGUAGAAAGUGAGAAAGGCAGGGAUUCAACGAAUGUGAAACUAAUCGUUCGAGACCCCACAGAAAUGCGCGUAAUCGCAGCCGCGGCUGCAGUGGGAUUACUCCUUCUGCUCCUUUUGAUCUCUGUUGGCGUGUACUCGAUACUUCGAGCCAAACAUCGACAGUAUCGACAAGAAGAGGGAGAAGGAAGUAUUGCGGCCGAUGCUUUCUACAGUACCGCGACAUCGAUGGAACCUCGGAAGACAGUCAAUUCUCCGCAGAAUAAGACGCUUGCGAGGAAAACGAAUCACGAGGGUGGUCUAGCAAUAAUGUAUGAUUACGAUCAGAUCGCUAAGCAAGAUCGAACGAUGAGUCCGGAGGCAUUAAAAGUGCGGAGAGCUCCUGCAGUGUUACAGCCACCCACUAUUGUGUGACAAUUGUGAACAAAAUAUGGAUUAGUGGAGAAAAUGUUAAAAUAACUUUCAAAAUGAACACAUGGAAAUGUCGUUAACAUAACCCUUUUAGUUCUGAAUGAUUGAGGAUUUUUUAUACUCACUACUAUAUAUUUAACUGAAAUAAGUAGCGUCAUGACUGGCUGAAGUUACAAUAGCUUUUGUACCACUCCUGUUAAUGAGUUUUAUGUUUGUUUGAUUUUAAUUAUUGUAUACGUUUCAAACAAACCCUUAAACAUGCGUUUUAGUCAGACAUAUAACGAUAGCGUAUGCUACAGGAAAAUUUACGAAUAUGCGUGGCUUAGUAGAUAGUACAGAAUACGUAAAGUAUCUGUAAGGGAUAAGUAUAUAAAGGCUAUUUUAGUCUAAUUAGAAAAGUUAAUUAUUUUUAUAAUUAUAGUUAUAGUUACUUAAUUCUUAUUCCAACGAAGGUACAUUUACGUGAACAUCAUCGCGGACAAUGAAAUUAUUUAUUGUUGUUCUUGUUAAACCUUACUACUAAGACUGUAGAAACAUCGAGAGAAUUUUAUGUUAAUGUUUAAGCUAUAUUAAUAUUUAAUAAUAAAAUAUAAUUGUAUACCAAACCGGAUUUUAUUAC